UCCGGUGCGCGCCGGCGGCGGCCGAGCUGGAGCGGGUGGAGCACCCGGCCAAGAACGACGGGUCAUUGAGCCUGCUGGUCAUCGGCGACUGGGGCCGGAAGGGCACCUACAACCAGUCCAGGGUCGCCGAGCAGAUGGGGAAGGUUGGCGAGAAGCUGGACAUCGACUUCGUCGUCUCCACAGGAGACAACUUCUAUGAGAACGGGCUCACGGGCGUCAACGACCAGCAGUUCGAAGAAUCCUUCACCAACAUCUACACCGCCAACAGCCUCAAGAAGCCGUGGUACCUCGUGCUGGGAAACCAUGACUACAGGGGCGAUGCGGUAGCACAGCUUAACCCGGUGUUUAACAAGAUCGACAGCCGGUUUAUUUGCAAGAGAUCCUUCAUCGUUAACGCAGAGAUUGUGGAUUUCUUCUUCAUCGACACCACUCCAUUUCAACUCAAGUACUGGACUCAUCCCAAAGACGACCACUAUGACUGGAGAGGAGUGGCACCGAGAGGAAAAUACAUAGAUAAUCUGCUCAAGGAUUUGGACGAGGCAAUGAAGAAAUCAACUGCAAAGUGGAAGAUUGCUAUUGGGCAUCAUACCAUGAGGAGUGUCAGUGACCAUGGGGAGACCAAGGAGCUCCUACAAUUACUUCUUCCGGUCCUUAAGGACAACAGCAUCGACUUCUACAUCAAUGGGCAUGAUCAUUGCCUGGAACACAUUAGCAGCAGAGACAGUCCACUCCAGUACUUCACCAGUGGAGGUGGUUCGAAAGCAUGGAGAGGAGUCUUUCAGCCAACUUCAGACGAUCUCAAGUUCUUUUAUGAUGGACAAGGGUUCAUGUCCCUCCAGCUAAACCAAGACCAAGCUGAUUUCAUCUUUUAUGAUGUCUUUGGGAACAUCUUGUAUAGCUGGAGCUCAAGCAAAACAAACUACCUCCAGCCCUCCAUCCAUGUUACUGAAGAAUGAGGGAAAUGCAGACCACGGCAGGAUAAUUAGCUUGGUAGCACUAUUUGUAAGAGAAAUUGAAUGUGUUGUUGUGAUAAGUGGUAAAGGAAAUAGAUUGGCAUUGUGUGGCUCACUGAUGGAAUAUUAGAUUGGCUGUGAAUUUUCUACAAUA